CACGGUUUCUCUGUCAAAUCCCAAGGUCCUCCAAGAUGACUUCCAAGCUCGCCCAGAACCUGAAACAGCCGGCUCUGGACUUUUUGUCCUAUGUCAAUGCCUCUCCCACCCCCUUCCAUGCAGUCCAAUCUGCAAAGGACCUCCUCGCGAAGGCUGGCUUCCAAGAGAUCAAGGAGAAGGACCCUUGGGCAUCCACCUGCCGUCCCGGCGGAAAAUACUAUGUCACUCGUAACCAGUCUACCAUUGUGGCCUUUGCUAUCGGCAAGAAGUGGCAGCCUGGUAACCCCAUUUCCAUGAUUGGGGCUCACACCGACUCCCCCGUGCUGCGGGUCAAGCCUGUCAGCAACAAGCGCGGGGAAGGCUAUGUCCAAGUGGGUGUCGAGACCUACGGAGGGGGCAUCUGGCAUACGUGGUUCGACCGUGAUCUGGGAGUUGCGGGUCGGGCCAUGGUGCGCAACGGCGACGGCUCGAUUGCGCAGAAGCUGAUCAAGAUUGACCGGCCUAUUCUGCGUAUCCCUACCCUGGCUAUUCACCUUGACCGCCAGGAAACUUUUUCCUUCAACAAGGAGACCCAGCUUUUCCCCAUCGCCGGCCUCGUGGAGGCCGAGCUCAACCGCACCGGUGCCAGUGAGACCACCAAGGCUGAGAACACUGCAGAGGAUGAAGGAGAAUUCUCCCCUUUGAAGGCGAUCACUGAGCGCCACCACCCUUACCUGGUCGAGCUCAUCGCCGCCGAAGCCGGCGCCAAGCCUGCCGAUAUCCUCGACUUUGAGAUGAUUCUGUUCGAUACGCAAAAGUCCAACCUGGGUGGCUUGUUGGACGAGUUCAUUUUUUCUCCCCGCUUGGACAACCUGAACAGCUCUUUCUGUGCCACCGUUGGCCUGAUUGACUCUGUGGCCGAUGCUUCGGCCUUGGACAACGAGUCGUCCAUCCGUCUCAUUGCUUUGUUCGACCACGAAGAGAUUGGCAGCCGUACCGCUCAGGGCGCCGACUCCAACAUGCUUCCUGCCGUUAUCCGUCGUCUCUCAGUGCUGCCGUCAACGGCCGGUGGUGAUGCUGACGUUUCCACUGCCUAUGAGCAGACUCUGUCUACCUCAUUCCUUCUUUCCGCCGACAUGGCGCACGGUGUACACCCGAACUACUCCCCCAAGUACGAGAACGACCACCGGCCGCAGAUCAACAAGGGACCUGUGAUCAAGAUCAACGCCAAUGCGCGCUACGCGACCAACUCUCCUGGAAUUGUUCUUCUGCAGGAGGUUGCUCGCAAGGCCGCCGAGGACGGUGGUGAGGGGGUGCCCCUGCAGCUGUUCGUUGUUCGCAACGACUCCAGCUGCGGCAGUACCAUUGGUCCCAUGAUGUCAGCCAAGCUGGGAGCUCGUACUCUGGAUCUGGGCAACCCUCAGCUCAGCAUGCACAGUAUCCGCGAGACUGGAGGUACCUAUGAUGUCGGCCAUUCCAUCCGGCUGUUUACGAGCUUCUUCAAGCACUACGCCGACCUCUCCAAGACGAUUUUGGUGGAUUAGAAUAGACCACCGUCCAUAGUCUAGCCUGUUUAUGAGAAAUACCUCACUAUCAUUC